AUGAAUAUAUUUGAAACUGGGCGUUACAGUGACAAAUCCGAAUAUCACAUAAAGAUGAUCUAUACACCUCUAUCUAUUUUUAAAGACGAUAUAAAGAAGGCUGUUAUUUACUUAAAUCAUCCAACAUCUUUACCGGCGACACUUUUUAAACGACUAUGGAAAAACGCUUAUCCUGUAGCUUUUGUAGAUGGGUUUGCAAACCAUAUUUACAGAAAUAUAAAUUACAGAACUAAUUAUUUCCCACAUUUUUUAACUGGAGAUUUUGAUUCUAUUCAACCAGAAGUUUUGGAAUUUUAUCGUUCAGCAAAGAAUGUUGCAGUCAUCGAAACACCUGAUCAAGAAGAAACUGAUUUCACAAAAUGUUUACGUAUAAUUAUCAAUAGUAUAGAACAAAACAAUGCGGAAUUAGAUGUGCUCGUUGCAGUGCAAAUGAGCGGUGGAAGGUUCGAUCAUGAAAUGGGAUUAAUUAAAACUCUAUAUGAAGCAAAGAAGUUAACUAACAUUCCAUUGCUUCUGGUGAGCGAGUGCUCAGUUACGUUCUUGUUGGAUGAAGGUGAACAUACUAUACAUGCUAGCACAGGAUACGAAGCACAACAUGUAGGUUUAAUACCUGUUGGACAACCAUGUCAAGUAACAACUACAGGUCUUCAAUGGAACUUGGAUAAUGGGACACUCUCAUUUGAUGAUAUUGUUUCAACUUCGAAUCGAUUAUUAGAUGAAAUUGUCUAUAUAAAGUGUAAUCGACCUUUACUUUUUACUAUGGAAUAUAAAAAUGAUAUGAUUAACUAG